AUGAGAUUCAUUACACUCCUUUCAGUAUUCGCUUGCGUUGUGAUUUCGUUCCCAUUGUUUGACAUUGUACCUGAAUGGUCGGUCAAUACAUUUUCAUUGUUUAGAGGCAAUGGCUGUCAAGAUCGUUUGCUUAAAUUGGGACCUGAUGAAUACAGACUUGCUUCGGAGAAGGAAAAGUUAGCUUUGAAGAAAGCAAAUAAGAGGUUCAUUGACAUGACUGAGCAAAUCCCUAUUGAAGUUGCUGUCGAGCAAGGCUUGAUUGUCAAACCUACACAUUCGUUUUUGCAAAAGUUGUUCUUUAUUGGGUCAAAACAAAUUAAAACAUUGGAGAAACCUAUCCCAGUUUACAACUAUCCAAAAAAGACAAAGUAUAAUUCAGAGGUCAAGAGCUUAUACGACUUGAUUAACAUUGAUGGGGUCUACGAAAACUUGAGCAAUUUCACUUCAUUCUACACCAGAUAUUAUAAAACGGAAAGUGGUGCUGAAAGUGCUACUUGGUUGUACGACCAAAUCUCCGAAUUGAUCGCUUCCUUUAAAGAUAUUAGCAUAAAAAAGGUCCACCACAAAGGCUGGAACCAAUUUUCAAUCAUUGUUUCUAUCCCAGGUGAAGUAAAGGACAAGGUAGUUGUUGCAGCACACCAAGAUUCGGCCAAUUUAAUUUUGCCUAAUUUAAUGAGAGCCCCAGGUGCAGACGACGAUGGUUCAGGAACAGUGACCACUUUGGAGUCGUUGAGACUUAUUCUUGAGGCAUAUGGAAAGGGGACAUAUAAACCAUACAAUACAUUGGAGUUUCAUUGGUACUCUGCCGAAGAGGGUGGUUUACUUGGAUCCAUUGACGUAUUUUCAAGAUAUUACAAGGCCAAUGAAGUUGUUGUUGGCAUGUUGCAGCAAGACAUGACUGGAUAUACCCAGGGUAGUAUUGAUGCUGGCGUCGAGCCUCAUUUCGGAUUGAUCGAAGACUAUACUAGUAUUGAAUUGAACAACUUUUUGAAGUUGAUUAUUAAAACGUAUAAUUCCAUUCCUUACCAUUCAAGUGAAUGUGGAUAUGCUUGUUCAGACCAUGCUAGUGCUUUAGAAAAUGGAUAUCCUUCCUCGUUCCUCAUUGAGAGUGAAAUGAAGUAUUCCAACAAGUAUAUUCACUCUGUCAUGGACACAAUUGAUAGAAUUGACUUUGACCAUGUCAAAGAACAUGUCAAGUUGACAGUAGCGUUUGCCUAUGAGUUAAGUUUGGCUAAGAAAUUGCAUUAG